AAAAAGUAGCCGGGUCAAUGUUCACGGUUACGUCGAGCUCCAGAGUGUAGAACGAGAAGAAGACUGAGGCUGACCUAUGAAGAAGACGACCAAUUUCUUCUCAAAAAAUCCUUCUUAACUCUAAUCUCAUCUAAUGCCACUGCUUCAUCUUCUUCAUCAACCCUUUCAGUUUCUUCUUCCAAUUCCUCCCCCAAAUCCCAAGUUAUGGCUUCCCCUUCUACCUUCUUCCUGACUCUCUGUUUUUUCUUUUCCAUUUUCACCUUCAUUUCCCAUUCCUCCCAUGCCCUCGGAUCUUUCACCUUCAAUAUCCACCAUCUCUACUCCGACGCCGUUCGUCAAAUCCUCCCCCUCGAUGCCUUACCUCAAGAAGGCACUCUCGAUUACUACGCCGCCAUGGUCCGUACAGACCAUUUUGUUCAUUCUCGUCGUCUUGUUCAAGAUCAGCCUCCACUCACUUUCUUCUCCGGCAACCAAACCCUUCGAAUUAACCCACUUGGAUUUCUGUAUUAUGCUGAGGUUACGGUAGGAACACCGGAGGCUUCGUAUUUAGUGGCAUUGGACACUGGCAGUGAUUUGUUCUGGUUACCAUGUGAUUGUGUUAAUUGUAUAACUGGUUUUAAUACAUCCCAAGGGCCAGUAAACUUUAAUAUCUACAGCCCAAGUAAUUCAUCAACUAGCAAGGAGGUCCAAUGUAGUAGUUCAUUGUGUGCGCACGCGGACCAGUGCUCGUCACGAAGUGACACAUGCCCUUAUGAGGUUUCAUACCUUUCUGAUAACACCUCUUCUACUGGCUACUUGGUAGAGGAUAUAUUGCACUUAACCACAAACGAUGACCAAUCAAAACCUGUUAAUGCAAAGAUUACUCUGGGGUGUGGUAAGGACCAGAGUGGUGCAUUUUUGAGCUCCGCAGCACCAAAUGGCUUGUUUGGGUUAGGUAUCGAGAAUGUUUCAGUUCCUAGCAUCUUGGCAAAUGCAGGACUCAUUUCAAAUUCCUUUUCCUUAUGUUUUGGACCUGCUAGAAUGGGAAGAAUUGAAUUUGGAGAUAAAGGUAGUCCGGGCCAAAGUGAAACACCAUUCAACUUAGGACGAAAACAUCCUACUUAUAACAUCAGCAUAACUCAGAUAGGGGUGGGAGGACAUGUUUCCAAUGUUGAUGUUGCUGCAAUUUUUGACUCUGGGACCUCAUUUACCUACCUGAACGACCCGGCCUAUUCAGUUUUUGCUGACAAAUUUGAUUCUAUGAUUGAAGAAAAGCGGUAUACAAUGAGUUCAGGCCUUCCUUUUGAAAACUGCUAUGAACUGAGCCCAAAUCAAACCACAUUCACAUACCCUGUGAUGAAUUUGACAAUGAAAGGUGGUGGACAUUUUGUCAUCAAUCAUCCAGUAGUUUUGAUAUCCACCCGGUUGACGACUCUUUUUUGUCUUGCCAUUGCUAGAAGUGACAGCAUAAAUAUCAUUGGACAAAACUUCAUGACUGGUUAUCACAUAGUUUUUGACCGUGAAAAGAUGGUUUUGGGAUGGAAGGAAUCAAACUGCACUGGUUAUGAGGAUGAAAACACCAACAAUCUUCCCGUCGGUCCGACCCCUGCCCCUGCUGCCGCCCCUCGCUCAACAAUCAUCAACCCACAAGCCAACAGCAACAUUAAUAACACUUCUCAAUCAAUAGAAAAACCAAAACCUACAAAUAGUAGUUCAAAUCUUCUAACCUCAGUCAUCCUCACAUUCUUAAUGUCUGUGGGUCCAUUUUUGCUUUUUGUUUGAUCAAUUUUUGUCGGUAUUAUAUUCUUAUAUUGUUUAACACUUUCAGUGUAAGAUUGUAGAUUCAUAGAUGCUUUCAUAUAUAGAUGAAAUUGUUGUAAGUGGAAGUAUAGACAGAAUGGUUUUAUAACAAUAAAUUUAUAGUGUGUAUUGGGCUUGCCCCAUUGAAAUAUAAUUUUUUUUUCUUC